AUGGCUCCUGUGGGGAAUUUCGCAAAUUAUCCCAAGGUCGAGGAAGGGCCAGAUACGGGAUAUGUGCAGCGAGUAGAUCACAAUCCCGUUCUUCGAGGGAUUCCUCUCGUGCUAGGUGGUGAGCUCCUUGCUCGAUCCAAUUUUGUUGCAAGAUAUUUCUACCGUAACACUGGCAUGGACAAGAUCAAAGAGAUGCGGGAGCUGCAUGAUAUCGUGUCUACUUUCCAUCCCACUGUUACGCCUCUGGGUCAGACUGGGCCUAUGCUAGAAUUCGAGCCAGAGCUGCUCACCUCAAAGUACGCAUCGUCAAACGCGCGCUACUACUCUGUCAGCGACUAUCAUGAGCUGUACAGGAGCGGCCAGACCACUCCCCUCAAGGUAAUAGAGACGCUUCUCGCCUUGACUACGGGGUCAGGUAAGUACAGCGACGCCUGGGCAGAUGCUCACGGCGCCGAGAAGCUUGCUCUUGAGGCCGCCAAGGCUUCCACCGAGCGAUGGGCUGCGGGCAACCCCAUCGGAGUCUUGGACGGUGUGCCGAUUGGCGUCAAGGACGAUACUGACGUAGAGGGCUACAUCAACCACACUGGCAUGAAGUAUAACCCUUCACUGCCGUGCUUUGCGGUCAAGAAGGAAUCUGUGUGGCCUGUCAAGAAGCUUCAGGAGGCCGGAGCCAUUGUUCUCGGCAAAAACAAGAUGCACGAAAUAGGAUCAGAUACAAGCGGCGUAAAUGUCGCACAAGGCACGCCCACCAACCAUCUCAACAACGCCUACUACCCCGGAGGCUCAUCCAACGGCGCCGGGUCAUCCAUCUCGGCCGGCAUCGUCCCCUUCUGCGUCGCCACAGACGCCGGCGGCAGCGUCCGCAUCCCGGCCAAUUUCAACGGCAUCUACGGCCUCAAGCCCACCCACCACCGUACUCACGUCAUGCAGCUCAGCAUGUGUGUGACUGGCCCAAUGGCAGCAAACGUCGCCGACCUCACCAUCGCCUACCGCGUUAUGACGCAGCCCAAUCCCGACUGCCCGACCCAGGGCCUCUUUGCGCUCUCGAUCCCUCCAUCCCCGUCGGCGAAGCGCAUCAUGGGCGUCUACCGCGACUGGUUCAACAAGGCUGACCCGCCGGUGCGCGAAUUGUGCGACAAGGCGCUUGAUUACUUCGCCGCCAAGCGUGGCUACGAGAUUGUCGACAUCAGCAUCCCGUAUCUCCCAGAGAUGCAAAUCGCCCACGGUGGCCUCUGCAUCUCCGAGAUGGCCGAAAAGGCCCGCCGGAGGACGCCCAACCCGGCCGAUCACCUCUCGCUCAUUGGGGGAGCCAACAAGAUCCUCCUUUCCGUGGGCGCGCAGGUAUCAGCCGCCGAUUACCUCAAGAUGAACAGCCUGCGCACGUUGGUGAUGCGCCACCUGGCCUUCCUGUUCCAAAAGUACCCGGGCCUGUUGAUCAUGACGCCGGCAACCCCCUUGAUCGGAUGGCCACGCGGCGAUGGAGAUGACGCCUACGGCAUGAGCGACACGAACACCACCUUGAGGAACAUGUCGUACAUCUUCCUGGCCAACGUGACGGGCACGCCAUCCGUCAACGCUCCGGUAGGUUAUGUCGACCCGCAGCAGGGCGAGGGGAAGCUGCCCGUGAGCCUGCUCGCCACGGGUGAGUGGGGGAGUGAAGAGCAGCUCCUGGCAUGGGCGAGAGAGGCGGAGGAGUAUCUGCACGAGGAGUAUCCCGAGGGACGCAGACGGCCAGAUUCAUGGGCAGAUGUGGUUGCACUGGCUGGGGGCCAGCAGUAA